UCCACAACUUCUUCCUUCCUCUCUUGCAUUCUCCAUCUUCUCUCGCUCUUUCAUCACCAUUACCAUGCAGAAGGGCUCCUGCGCCUGCGGCGCCAUCACGUACGAGCUCGAUGACGACAACAAGGCCGCGAUGAUCUGUUACUGCCGCGAUUGCAACAAGACUAGCUCGGGCGGCGCCCUCUUCCUCCGCACCGACAAGGUCAACCUCCGCCUCAAGGGCUCGCCCAAGUUCUGGGCCACGAACGCCACGCAGAGCGGCAAGGAGUCGCGCCGUUACUUCUGCCCCGAGUGUGGCGUGCACCUGUGGGUCGAGGUCGACCAGUGGCCGAGCAUCCUGACUCUGAAGGUUGGGACGCUUGACGAUUACGCCGAUAUCACACUCGCGACGGAAGUUCAUACUCGCAACGCGAUUAAGGCGUUCCAGCCCGUCCAGGACGUCGGCCAGAAGCGUAUCCCGUAGAGGCAGAUGCACAUAGCAUCCGCCAGGUGUGCGCGAAAGCCCAGUACUGUUGGCCUCAGGCCUUGCCAUCGGUCAUCCACACUCACACAAACCAGAUACCUGAGAAUGUUCUGGAGAGGGACUCAAAAUGCAAGUCAUUGUCUCGUCAA